CCGGACCAAUGCAGAGCCUCCGUGUGCAGGAUGCUGCCAGUUUUUUUUUUGCUCCCCCAUUAGCGACUCUGAGGAGCUUCUGCACCCAGUGACGCGCGAGCGCAGCCUCCUUUCAUUCAACUUUUAAUCUUGCGUUGCUUUGCAUCACCUAAGCAGAGACCUGGAGGACUUCAGUACCGGAGCUGUCCACUCUCCACUCACACUCCACCCUUAGCGUCACGAUCUCUCUCUCUCUCUCUCUCUCUCUCACUCUCUCUCUCUCUCACACACACACACACACACACACACCCUCUUCCACACUUGAGCAGAGCACUGACAUGCCGGGCUGCAGCGCAUAGAGAAAGGAAGCGACAAAGUGCAAACGGAGUGCAUUUGAGUCUCAACGCAGCCAUGGGCGUUCUAAUGUCCAAGAAGCAGCAGGUGGAGAAGGUCCAGAAAUGCAGUGUGGUGGUCUCAGCAUUCCGCGAUGGUCUGAAGAACCAGCCAAGUGCCACUCAAGUUCAAAACAACUCUGAGAGCAAAGAUGAGGCUCCGAACCAGGCAGAGUCUGAUGAGUCUGGACGAAAAGAGGAGGACAGUAAACCUGGGCCUUCCACUGCUCCAACCAAAGAGGAGAACAAAGCCAAUCAGGAGGCCUGGGGACGCUUACGGGAUGGGAAAGGAGUAGAGCCUGAGGAGUUAAAUAAAGUGCAUCAGCUCACGCCGCCAGCGUUUAUAAGACCGAAGAGGCAGCCGAAUGACGAUCAGCCUGUACAGAUUGAGCUUGGUCAGAGAGAGCAGCCAGUGAAUGAUGAGAUGUGCGAGGUGUGUGAAGUCUGGACGGCAGACGAUCUGUACCCAUGUCGGACAUGUACGAGGGUGUUUCACGAUGGCUGCCUGAAGGAGAUUGGGUACUUGCGUGCUGACACUGUGCAGGAGAUGCGAGAGACGGCUCACACCACCAUGGGCUGGAGCUGCUACUACUGUGACAACGUGAACUUGCUUCUGACUGAAGAAGAGAUGUACAGCUUGAUGGAGACGUUCAAGCAGUGCAAGAUCAUCCCAGAAUCCUGCCUCGUCUCAGACGAGCUCCUUCAGUACAGGCACUUUGUAUCCAAGCAGCUGUUUGAGAAGGAUCUGACCGACGAUCAGGAGGAGGAGGUGCUGGCCCAGUUUGCUGCUCUUGACCCAGAGAAGAAGGGACAGAUAGAGUGGUCAGAUUUCCUGUAUCACGAGUCGCUGUCAGUGCUGCAGAAAUUUCGGACAGAGAACUCCCUGGUGCGUUUGCUCACGGCUAAAGAGCGUGACCGAGCGCGUGCAGUCUUCCAGAGUCUUGACCAGGAUAAAGACGGUGUCAUCACGGCCGGAGAGAGCCGGCGAGCCCAAGCUUCAUGGUUCCGUAAGCACAGCAAAGAGCCUCAGUCCUGCAACGUCAGACUCAGGGGAUUGUGUUCUCCUAUAAUGAAUAUGGGCAUCAGCCACGUCGGCCCGAUUUCAGAGAGCAGUCCUGCCAGCUCAAGCAGUGACAGGAGCAGAGACAAGGCCAUGGAGAAGUACGACAACAGGCCAGUGCCAUGGGACGCAUUCCUGCGCGAGAGCGCCAUCUACAUCCUGGCUGCUCGACCCAACAGCAGCGCCAUGCAUAUCCGCCUGCCCCUGUAAUCCCACCAGAACCCAGGGUGGGGUCUGCGGGAGGUCAAACAGCGCCCCCUGGACGUGUGGAAAAAGUCCUGGCACUGACAUAAAGGACGUGACACUCAGAGGCUGGCUAAGCCUCUAAUCGACGCACCCGGUCCCGAACAGAACACUAUUACUUCUAUAACAGCACACUGAAGAAAAAAGAAAAAAAAAAGAAAAAAGAUUUUACUCUAAGAUGUUUUUCUGAGAUGUUUCUCUGGCACAUAUUGUAACCCGAACCCAUGCGGUUGGUCGGGUGAGAAGAUUGACAGCUAUUUCUGUAUGUAAGCUAUAAGGAGCACUGCCAUUUACUGUGUAUAAAAUAGCAAAAAAAAUAGCACCACAGUAUUAAACCAUCAGCCUUUAAAUAUCCAGUGUUAGUCACUCGUGAUCAGAACUCAUAUGGGAUAACAGACCGUGUUAAAGCCAUCGUAAACAAGAAGACGAUUAGCAGUGUAAUGCGUAGCACGAGCACUAACAGGAAGGAAAGCUAUCUGCAUAUAUAAUAUAAUAUAAUAUAAUAUAAUAUAAUAUAAUAUAAUAUAAUAUAAUAUAAUAUAAUAUAAUAUAAUAUAAUAUAAUAUAAUAUAAUAUAAUAUAAUAUAUAUAAAUGUGAAUAUUAAUAUGUAUUAUAUAUGUGUAUUUAUUCCUGAACCUCACCGUUUUAAAAAUGUCCUGGUUUUAGAUGCACCAUGUUUAUUAUUAUUAUUAUUAUUAUUAUGAUUAUUUUUUAAAAACGUGCUAAUAAUAGGGGUUGAAUCUGUCACUGUUCACAAGCCCAAUCUGCCAAAAAUCAAAGACUAAUUCACGGCUUGUAAUUAAAAAUUAAAAAUAGCUAAUCUUCUAAUCACUGGCUUAAAUUCUCCGGAAGAUUCCCAGAGGUUUGAAUCCUUUAAUGAUUUUUUUUCCCCCAGAUGAUUCCUAAAUAUUCUUUGAAGCAAAGCAAGCUCACUACAACAAUAUCAGCUCUUAUAAAUUGUACUAAGUGGCUUCUACAGUCUUGUUCUUUUUGAGGGUCCAGCUCAUGUGUACUUGCUUCAGUGGUGAUCACUUGUUGAGUCGAAUUGAAGCGGUAGGUGCAAGUGAAAGUGCAACGCUCCAAAUUUUCGCAGCAGUUACUGGAAAUAAAAGCAUGGCAUUAACUCCACAACCA